AUGUGUGAGCACAGUCUGCUCCGCACUGGCUAUGCUAGCUCUCUGUUGAAUUAUCCUUCUGCGGAAUCGUUGCACUUUUCCAACUUGCGGCCCAACGGUGCCCAUCCAUCCGGGCUCACACAGCUCUACGACAGGAGAGAGGUGUGCUCACAUUCGCGGGAUUGUCCAAGUUCAGGCACGAUCUUGCCACAAAGCCUCGCCUUUAGUGGCUAUUCGCAACCGUUCCUUAACUCAGUGGCUGUAAAUGGACAUUACAAUGGUUCUUUGGAAAGUUGCAGCAAAUACUACGUCCAGUACGCAAACCCCAAUGAAGUGUUGUCGGAGAGACAAACGACCGCUUUUCUCAGUGAACAUGGAAUUAAAAUAACCAGCAAAUGUAAGUUUUCUAACUAUGGCAGACAGAUGCAAAAUACAUUGGCACAAGUUGAAGGGGAUUCCAGCGACCGUGUGAUAACCAGUGGCAUUGAGCAGCCUGUGCACCCAGUUCAACCCUCAUCGAUUUUACAGAACACCGGUGCAGUUUUUUCGGAUGGUUUAUCUAGGAGCCCCACUCAAGUGAGAUCCAGAAAAAAGAGAAAACCUUACACAAAGCCACAGCUGGCUGAACUUGAAAAUGAAUUUAUGAUAAAUGAAUUCAUAAACCGACAGAAACGAAGGGAACUGUCGGGCAGACUGGACUUAAGUGAUCAGCAAAUAAAAAUUUGGUUUCAGAACCGUAGGAUGAAAAAGAAACGGCUGUUAUUGCGAGAGCAAGCUUUGUCCAUUUACUAA